AUGUUGGGGAUUGCUGAGUUUUUUAUAGCUCUAGUAGUAUGUCUCCUGAUUUUGCAGUUCCUAAAGCUGCAAUGGAUGCGUACCCAGCUUCCUCCAGGACCAGUUCCCCUCCCCAUCAUUGGAAACAUGUGGCUGCUGGACUUCAAACUUCGUCGAGAAACUCUCACUAAGUUAACCAACAUCUAUGGAAAUAUCUACACAUUGUGGAUGGGACAGACACCUAUGGUUGUACUAAAUGGAUACAAAGCAGUAAAAGAUGGCAUCGUCACCCAUUCAGAGGAGAUUUCCGGAAGACCUCUCACCCCAUUCUACAGGGAUAUGAUGGGAGAGAAAGGUAUUUUUCUGACAAGCGGGCACACCUGGAAGCAACAGAGACGCUUUGGCAUGACAGUUUUAAGAAGCCUGGCACUCGGUAAGAACAAUUUGGAGCGUCAAAUUCAAACAGAGGCCUGUCACCUUGUGGACAUCUUUGCAAACACAAAAGGCAAACCUUUCGACCCCCACGCUUUCAUUGUCCAUGCUAUUGCAAAUAUAAUUUGUGCUGUUGUUUUUGGUCAUCGCUUCUCCAGUGAGGAUGAAUCUUUCAGCAAGCUUAUCAAAGCUGUUUAUUUUGUGAUCUACUUUCAAGCUACUGUCUGGGGCAGGAUGUAUGAUGCUUUCCCAUGGCUUAUGCACCAUCUCCCAGGACCUCAUCAGAAAGUGUUUGCAUACAAUGACUUCAUGCACAAUUUAGUUAUGAAGGAGGUCCAGACUCACGAGAGACAGAACACAGGUGACCCACAGGAUCUCAUUGACUUCUACCUAGCUCAAAUAACAAAAACGAAAGAUGAUCCUACAUCUACAUUUAACAAAGACAAUAUGGUUCAGACUGUGGUUGAUCUUUUGCUGGGAGGGACAGAAACAACAAGUACCACCCUUCUCUGGGCACUGCUCUAUAUGGUACAAUACCCAGAAAUACAAGAAAAGGUUCAAAGAGAGAUAGAGGCUGUUCUGGAACCCUCCCAUCUCAUCAGCUAUGCAGACCGUAAAAAACUGCCAUAUACAAAUGCUGUGAUUCAUGAGGCUUUGCGGUACAGCAAUGUUACUUCUGUUGGGGUCCCUCGACAAUGUGUGAAGAAUACAGCUUUGCUGGGGUUUCACAUUAAAAAGGGCACACUUGUAUUGCCAAAUCUGCACUCUGUUGUGUAUGACUCUGAGUAUUGGGCGACCCCUUGGAAGUUCAACCCAAAUCAUUUCCUUGAUCUGGAUGGCAACUUUGUGAACAAAGAGGCAUUCUUACCUUUCUCAGCAGGGCACCGUGUAUGUUUGGGGGAACAGAUGGCACGAGUUGAACUGUUCAUCUUCUUUACCAACCUGCUUCGGGCAUUCACAUUCCAGCUCCCUGAGGGAGUAAAGGAAAUCAAUUUGGAAUACACUUUGGGUGCAAUACUGCAGCCACAUCCAUAUAAACUCUGUGCUAUUCCACACUAG